AGCGCAGGGAGAAACAGGCUAUAGAAGAAUCCCGUUCACUCUAUGAGAUCCAGCAGAGGGAUGAACAAGCUUUUCCUGCUCUUUCCAAUAAUCAGUCAGUCAGUCAGGCUGCCACCCAGACUGUGGAUAACGUAAACCAGAAAAAGUUCUCAAGUAAUGAGAGAAGAAACAGCAAGUGGACAGCAGAGGUGGAAGAGCAGAAGGAUAAAGAAGAAUAGUCAAGAUGAGAGUUAUCCAAAAGAUUCAUCUCCUUUGGAACAAGUAAAAACAGAUUCUCCGGUUCUUGCUGAGCAAGUAAGAAAUGUUUGUUUGAUUUCAAAGUUUUCCAGUCAGGAGGCUUCAGACAAAGGGGAGCUUCAUCACAGCCACAACCUGACAGAAUGCUUACCAAGCAUAACUCCAACACCCUCACCAGUCUUCUCUGAGGUGCAUUUACCUCCAGCAGUGCCUUCUGUACCAGCCAUUGUGCCAGCUUGGCCAAGUGAGCCAGCAACCUAUGGACCAGCAGGUAUUCCAGCCCAAAUACCUGCUUCUUCAUUGAUGCCAGCCCCAGCAACGGGACCUGACUCUAUUGUAUCGCAGGCUCAGGUAACAUCUGCUCCAGUUGCUGGAGUUCCAGUGUCGCUACAAGCAGUUAAUCAGCCUUUAAUGCCUUUGCCUCAGACUCUGAAUCCUUAUCAGGAUCCACUAUACCCUGGAUUCCCUUUUAGUGAAAAGGGAGAAAGAGCUGUUGCACCCUCUUACUCCCUGUGCAGUACUGGGGAGGACUUGCCUAAAGAUAAGAAUAUUCUCAGAUUUUUCUUCAAUCUUGGUGUGAAGGCAUACAGUUGUCCCAUGUGGGCACCACAUUCUUACUUGUACCCCCUGCACCAGGCCUAUUUAGCUGCUUGUAGAAUGUACCCGAACGUGUCGCUUCCUGUGUACCCGCACAGCCCCUGGUUCCAGGAGGCACCGCCAGCUCCGAGUGAGAACGAACCCGCACGGACAAACAGGCACUUCCCUGUCCAGAGUGAAGCCCGAUCCAACGGCCAGAUCCCGCAGGUUGAUGGUAGGUCUCCGUCGCUGCCUCUCAUGAUACCUACGGCUCAGGUGUCAGAAAGUCAAGGACAGGUCUGUGUAGAAUCGGAGAAUCCAGUGCAAGCUCUUCACGCAAACUAUGAGGAGUCCCUGAGAGGGAAAAAUGUGUUCCCACAGCCACACUUUGGACACAAUCACUUUCUGGGAGCUGUUCCAAUAGCACCUCCUUUCUUUCCUCACUUUUGGUAUGGGUACCCGGUUCAGGGUUUCAUUGAAAAUUCAGUAGCGAGACCUAAUGUCGUCAUGUCACCUGAGGACAAGGAGGCAGCUGCUGGCACCUCUGCUGGCAUGUACGUGGCUAAGGAAUGCAGCCCUCCAGUUCCUGGAGGAAGCUCUGCAGAACAGCUCCAGAGGACUGACAGCAGCAGCGGGUCCAACACUGUGCCGUUCCCUGCGGCUGGUGCAAGGAAACUCCAGGAAACUCCAAAGGAAACUCCAGCCAGGGCACCUCAGGUGGAGCAGACUUCUCCUUCAGCUUCUCUGGCUAAGCAGAAAACAGCGGGGCAGCGAAAUCGUUCCCCGCAAACACCAGGGACCGAGAGGCAGCCAGCAGUGCCCAGCACCCCGCCGGUCCUGCCAGAGCCACCGAAACAUGAACUGAAACCCAGCAUUCCCAGUCGUAAGGAGAAGAGUGACAAAGGUAGAGAGUCCAAGGGCACUGGCAGUCAGCAGGCAGAGAGCAGGGCGCAGCAAACCAGGGAGGAGAGCUCUGAAGAUGAGAGUGAAGUUUCUGACAUGCUGCGAAGUGGGAGAUCCAAGCAAUUCUAUAGCCAGACUUACGGAGGAGGCAGAAGGCCCAGGCUUGAGUGGGGUUACUCCAGCAGGGGAGGAUACCAGUUCCAAAGAAACGAGGAAGCCUGGAAAGGGCCGCCUGGCAGAGGCAGAGAUGAUGGCUACCAGUAUCAGCGGAACUUCAGAGGGAGGCCCUACCGCAACGACAGGAGAAGGGCAACGCUGGGAGAUAGCCAGAGGGGGCACCAGACAUAGAAUGAGUGGGUAAUUGAAACUGUUAAAAUGCAGAAAGAGAUUUAAAGUAGCAGUUGAAAAUCUUCGUAUUUCCUUUUAGUAAAGUUCAAGAUAUGUUGUUUAACUUUUGGCGAGUGAAGACAAGGAGGAUGUGAACUCCUACCAUGUGUUUUUUGGGGGGAUUAUAGAGUUUGUUUGGCUUAGUAAUUUUUCCUAAAUGUCAAAGCAGGAAAAAAAAAUAGGUUUAGUGUUUGGUCUUACUUUCUCCCCCUACAAAGGUUUGAGUUUGUGAUAGAAGAUACGUACAUUUACUGGAGUGACAAAUGACAGCAUUUGAUGUGAUCUAGAUUCUAAAAUUGACGGUAACAUUGCACCAAAUAGAAAUGUAUAUUUUAUCAUACAAUGCCUUAGUUCUGAACUGAGCUAAAGGAAUUCUCAGCCUACUGCACUGUUGUCUUUGAUGCUUCCAACCCAAAGGCCUUUCAUCUCAAAACCAGAAAAUAAUUGAUCUGUCAAACUUGAAUGUUUCUCUUCAGUGUGUUACACGUGUGGCAGCCAGCUAGCCCUGGGUCUUAGGUAUUGUUGUAUAUAGUUCUUUUCAUAUUCAUAGGGUAUAUUUUUGAAUUUUACAAAGCAUUUAUUUGUUGAACUCAAAAUCAAGACAGGCAGUCGAGAAUAGCUGGGUGUGAAUUGAUGAGAAUGGCUGUUUCCACCGAGAAUUCUUACCGCUGGGGUGACGAGAAUGGUGCCUAUGCCGACUGAAUAAUGACAAAGACAAUAAAAAUGUAGAUGCUAUGCAUUUCCAAAAUAAUUCUGCACCUGUUAUAAUAGCAGAAGUUUUUUAAUGCCACUUUAACACUAAUGCACUGACAAAUCCUAGGUAUUUUGUGAGGAGAGAUGCAUAAAGGACAUGUUACGUUUUUUAAGUUUGUAUGAUCGAGCUACUGUUCAGUAUUGUUUUGUUGUUGCACUGUUGAUGCAGAUUCGUGUUUUGCAUGUACAACUCCUUGCUGUAACUACUCUUAAAAGCAAGACGGAGCGUCUCGGUGCGCUCUGCUCUUUCCCCACCGUUCAGAAGAAAGUGGCUUCUGCCUUAUAUUUUUACACUGUGUUGGAGUUCUGACGCUGUUUCUUCUGACCCCGAUCAUGAUCCCUGCAGUGUUCCUGUUGCCUUUGCAGUUUGGAUGUUCAGCUGUCCAGGCUCAGAGAGCGCAGUGUGCAGUGUUCACUCGGCUCUGUUGCUCUGUAAGAUUAACUGUUGUGUAUAUUUUUAUAUCUCUGUAUAUAGCAGUGUAGGUGACGGUACCUUCCGUUCGUGUCCCAGAUACUAUGCCCUUGAUUAAGCAAACCUGAGCGAUAGCGAUGUGAUAGUUCUUUUCAGAUGCAUGCUCUGUAUAAAACCCUACUUAAAAUAAAUGUUUUGUCUUUUCAC